GUAAUUUGCCGCCAAAUUCUAAGCUGAAGUUCUUCAAGCUUCGUCUGUGUUGAAAAUGGCGCUUCCAUUUGCUUUCCAAGAGAGGCUUCAACAGAUGGAAGAAACCAGAAACCAAAGACUUACUCUCCUUCAGGCUGAAAAACACGUUCAAAACAAAAAAUCUUCAGUUUUAUCAUCCAAAAUUUCAAACAUCAGAUCUAUGGAACAAAGGUGUUUAGUACUUGAACAGAUCAAUGCCGCAUCAAAGUACAAGAUUUUAGCUUAUAAAUCUGAAAUUGAAUCCGUUGAAGCAAGAUAUCAAACCGCUGCUCAUCAAUUCAGGGUUUUGAAAAGCGAACUGAAUGAGCUGGAGGAAUCGGAGAAGGAGAAGGAGAGGUUUUAUGAGAUGAAGAAUCUUGAAAUGAAGGAAUUCAGGGAAAACGUUGAUAAGUGUCUUUCGGAAAAUCGUUUACUAGUACAGGAGAUUAAGAAAAGCAUUGAUGAGCUCAAGUCAAGCCUCGAAGAAUUUCAGACCAACAAUGAAUGUUUGGAUAAUUUCGGGAUAGUUGCUGUCGAGGCAAGAAAGACGGAGCUUUUAUUAGUCAAACAGAAUUUGGACAGAAGUCUCGCUUCAAAUUACCAGCUAAGAACCCAGUUACAGAAGCAGCUCUACAACAGUUUAAUUUCACCAGAGGAAAAAAAAAUGAUUCAGAGCAGUUGAAACAGGCUAAAUAUACACAGCAUAGUGAUGAAGAUACACCUUGGGUUUA